AGUACUCCAUUCCUAGUCUUGUCCUCCUUGGGCUGAGCAGACUCCUUGGAACUUCCAAUUUCAGCAUGUCAUUCUUGAGAUGUUUUGUCUUUUCCUAAAAAAGAAAAAGAGAAGAGAAUUCUUUGAGGCAUCUGGUCUACUUCGUCCUUGGCCCAGUGGUUUUCUUUGUGCUCCAGAUCCAUUUCUCAAGGACAGGGAUCAGGAGGCAGUUUCCUGCUUAUGUUAUAAGGGAGCUAAUUGCAUCUACUGGUGAGCAUCGAGGUGGCAAGUAUUCUAAAGCUGAAGCAUGAUGAUCUGUUGCUAUAGCUUGUACUAAAGCUUCCUGCAAAGUCCCUUCAGGAUUAUUGUUCUCAUCCAUGAUGUAAAUGAAGUUUGACAUUUCCCCCGAUGGGCAGUUAAACCAUGGACCUUAAAAGAACUCUUUGGACUGGCCUCAUAAUCUGGAAUUAACUUUAAUACACUGAGCUGAGAAGGCAAAUUCUGUAUAAAGGAAAAAGGAAAUUAACAAGCUGAUUUCCUACAAUGAGAAUUACGACCACAUCCUGCCUCUGUCCUGUCCUGGUCUGUCUCAGCUUUGUUCAGAGGUGCUAUGGGACAUCUCAUCAUAGUUCAGUAAAAGUGAGCAAAAACCAAACCAAACACAUUGACGGAGAGACUGAGGUACACCAUCGGCCUAAACGUGGCUGGGUUUGGAACCAGUUCUUUGUUUUAGAAGAACACAUAGGAUCGGAGCCACAGUACGUUGGAAAGCUUCAUUCUAAUUCUGAUAAAGGGGAUGGAUCUGUCAGGUACAUUCUUACUGGUGAAGGCGCUGGUACAAUAUUUCAUAUUGAUGAGACUACGGGAGAUAUCCAUGCUACCAAAAGUCUGGAUCGAGAGCAGAAAACACACUACGUAUUACAUGCCCAAGCCAUUGAUCGACGGACGCAGAAGCCUUUGGAACCGGAAUCAGAAUUUAUCAUUAAAGUCCAAGAUAUCAAUGACAAUGCACCUAAAUUUACAGAUGGACCAUUUGUUGCAUCAGUACCAGAAAUGUCUGAAGUUGGUACCUCUGUUCUGCAGGUGACAGCUACAGAUGCUGAUGAUCCCACUUAUGGAAAUAGUGCUAGGGUUGUUUACAGUAUCCUUCAAGGACAGCCUUAUUUUUCUGUUGAUCCCAAAACAGGUGUCAUCAGGACUGCCUUAGCAAACAUGGAUCGGGAAGCCAGAGAACAGUAUGCUGUUGUUAUUCAAGCCAAAGACAUGGCAGGACAAAUAGGAGGCCUAUCUGGAUCAACCACCAUAAAUAUUACUUUAACUGAUGUCAAUGACAACCCUCCUAAAUUUCUUCAAAAAAACCAUCAGUUGUAUGUACCAGAAUCAGCACAAGUUGGAAAACCUGUGGGUAAAAUCAAAGCAUAUGAUGAUGACAUUGGAGUUAAUGCAGAGAUAAAGUACAGUAUUGUGAACGGAGAUGGAACUUCCACCUUCAACAUAUCCACUGACAGGGAAACAAGAGAAGGCAUCAUCUCUUUGAAAAAGCCACUUAACUAUGAGAGGAAGAAAAGCUAUACACUCAUCAUCGAAGGAUCAAACCCUCAUACAGAUGGUCGAUUUUCACAUCUUGGACCAUUUAAAGAUACAACAACACUGAAGAUAAUAAUUGGAGAUGUAGAUGAGCCACCUGUGUUUUCAAUGUCUUCUUACAUAAUGGAUGUAUAUGAAAAUGCAGAAGUGGGAACAGUGGUGGGUGCAGUUACUGCACAGGAUCCGGAUAGUCUAAACAAACCAAUCAGAUAUUCCAUUGAUGGCAGUUUACACGAAGAUAGCUAUUUCAGCAUAGAUUCCACCAGCGGAACUAUUAAGACUACGAAAGUCCUUGAUAGAGAAGAACAACCAUGGUAUAACAUCACAGUAACUGCUUUUGAGGAUGACAGACAGACUGACCAGAGCCAUGUUCCAGUUGCAAUUCACGUCUUAGAUGUCAAUGACAACCCACCAGAACUUACCACGGAGGAUGAUAUAAUUAUUUGUGAGACAUCCAGGCCUGGCCAGGUAAUUCAAACUGUGACUGCUAUGGACAAAGAUGACUUUGCAAAUGGGCCACAGUUCUUCUUUUCAUUUCCAGAUGAUCUUCCAGUUAACCCUAAUUUUACUCUGAGGAAUAAUGAAGAUUACACAGUCAGCAUUUUGGCAAAAAGAAGGAGAUUCAGUAGGACAGUCCAAGAAGUUUAUCAUCUACCAAUUGUGAUAUCUGAUGCCGGGAGCCCUUCUCUUACAAGUACUAGUACUGUCACUCUGCGGGUGUGCGCCUGUGAAAGAGAUGGGAAAGUGAGAACUUGCCAUGCUGAACCAUUCCUCUCUUCUGCAGGGUUAAGCACAGGGGCUCUUAUUGCAAUUCUUCUUUGCAUUGUCAUCUUACUUGUGAUUGUGGUGUUAUUUAUUACACUGAGGAGGAGCAAAAAAGAGCCACUGAUUAUUUCAGAGGAGGACAUCCGAGAAAAUGUUGUCACUUAUGAUGAUGAAGGUGGAGGAGAGGAGGACACAGAGGCUUUUGAUAUUAGUGCUCUAAGAAAUCCAGCAGCAGCAGAAGACCUAAAAUUUCGAAGAGAUGUCAGGCCAGAUAUUCAGACAGCUCCCAGGAACAGCCCACCAUUGGUCCUUGACGGUGUCAACGUACAUGACUUUAUAAAACAAAGACUUAUAGAAGCUGACCUUGAUACUAGUGUUCCUCCAUACGAUUCCCUUCAGACAUAUGCAUAUGAGGGUCAUGGAUCACUUGCUGGGUCAAUUAGUUCUCUUGAUUCAGCAACCACACACUCCGAGCAGGAUUAUAAUUACCUUUGUGACUGGGGACCAGAAUUUCAAAAACUUGCUGAACUCUAUGGUGAAGAAGAGUCAGAACAAACCACUUAGUGUCUGUUACUGUAAAAAAGAAAAACCUCAGUUAAAUAAAAAAAGCUUUUGAACUGUACCAGUUGUUCACUUUUACUGUAGAAACAAGUGCCCUUUUUCAUUUUCUGAUCUUGGGUUCUACAAGUGGAACAAAAAAAGAUAACUGAUUUUGAAAAUACAAAAAAGACAAUUAUUUUCCCUGGUGUAUAUUUUUUAUUGAUGAAUAAAGUCCAUAGAACCAGUUAAGUAAAUACAUGUACUGAA